CAGACUAUCUCGCAAUGGAGAAACUGCAAGGCUGCUAAAAGCACAUGCUGUUAGGAUGUCCUUCUGAUGACUAUGACAGUCGUAUGCUUCCCUGGCCCGUGCUCCAGUAUACACAAUUAUGGAAAUGACACAACCACGAGGAACAAGGCUAGCGAUCACCUUAUAGCCAACCGGAUUUUACCCUUCGUGAAUUUAAGAGGAACAUCUAAAAGUAAACACCAGCAUCUAGGUACAAACAACCACCUACGUCGACAGACUACCACAUCAGCAGGUGCUCUGUUCAAUCGCAGUGCCAACAGCAACCACCAUGGCCCUCCGACGCUCCCAGGCGAUACAGUUAUAUCAGCCUUGCCCUCCAGACGUCUUCUGUCGACAACGCAAGACCAUAUUCAAGCAGAUGACGAUUUCUACAAAUUUAUUGCAUCUCAUAAUGCAUUUCUAAUGUUGUGCGACCACCCUUCUCAUACUUUCUCUAAUAAAUUCUUUUACAACGGUGAGUUCUACGAUCCUGAGGCAAACUGCACUUUCAACAAAGGUUUCAUUAACUCUUUUUUCAGUGUCGCUGAGUUUUGUGAGUAUUUGUUUGGCCUUAUUUACAAUACCGAUGAUCUCAUUAAGAUGCAUAUUCUUGGAAAGAUGCCCAAACUUUUGUAUCAUAACAAAACCUUUGAAAACCUUUGUGUGCCAUUUUACAAGGUGAAAUAUGGAUGCAAAUCUACCGAACUGUUUACAACAUGUAACAACAACACUGUUAUAUUUCUUGACAGUGAGGUCUGCCCUCGACACCCCAUGUUUACGGACAUGAGAUUUUGUAGGCAAUAUAUCGAGACAAAUAACUUCAUGCUUAGCAAAAAUU